GAAGUGAAAAACAAUUUUGAAGUUCUCUACAAAGUUGAGUCCCUGAGGACGUUGCUGAGAAUAUUCUUGCCAUUGAGGUUCAACGAUAAAACUUACGUUACUAAGACGGUAUUUUUGGAUUUAUUGCCAAAGCUAAAAAAACUGAGAGCACUAUCUUUAACAAAGUACCAUGUGAUGGAACUACCCAACUCAAUUGGAGAUCUAAGACAUCUAAGGUAUAUUAACCUUUCUGAAACUCAGAUAAAAUGUUUACCUGAGUCAACAUGUUCACUGUUCAAUUUACAAAGUUUGAUGCUGAGAAAUUGUUUUUGUCUUGAGAAGUUGCCUUUAGACAUGGGAAAUUUGAUCAAUCUACGCCAUCUAGAUGUUAGAGGGUCAAUAUUAAUUAGAGAGAUGCCAUUGGGAGUGAAAAAAUUAAAAUGUUUGAAGACACUGUCAAAUUUUAUUGUUGGUAAAGGUAUUGGAUCCAGCUUGAAGGAUUUGAGAAGCUUAAAGUUUCUUUGCGGAGAGCUCUGCAUUUCAAGUUUAGAGAAUGCAGUGGAUUGUCAAGACACAACAGAGAUGAUAUUGUGCGAUAAGGACUUAGAAGUGUUGGUACUAGAAUGGAGUUCUUCUAAUCCCUCGCAAGAUGAAGCAGUGAAAAUUGUUCUUGAUAUUUUACAACCUCAAAAAAAUCUUAAAGAGCUCACAAUAAAAAAUUAUGGCGGCCAAAAACUUUCAUCUUGGAUAGGAGAUCCAUCGUUCUCCAACAUGGUGGUUAUGAAAUUGGAUGGAUGUGAAAACUGCACAACCUUGCCUUCCCUAGCAUUGCUGGGCUCACUUCAGAACCUCACAAUUAGAUUGAUGGGAAAAAUAAAAAAGAUAGGUGGUGAGAUUUAUGGAGAGGGUUGCUCAAAGUCUUUUCAAUCGUUGCGGACUCUUUUUUUUGAGAAUUUGCAAGAGUGGGAGCAUUGGGACCCUGUAGAAAAUGGCCAUGUCCAGAGAUUCCCUUGUCUCCAAAGGCUUUCAAUUUCUCAAUGUCCUAAACUCUCUGAAAGAUUACCUAAUCAUCUCCCAUUAUUGGAUAAUCUUGUGAUUAAUGGGUGUGAGCAGUUAGUGGUUUCAUUUUCAAGCCUUCCAAUGCUCAGAUCAUUAGAAAUAAAUAGAUGCAAAGGCGUGGUUUGUUGCAGCCCAGUUAAUUCAAAGGCACGAAACUCCAUGAGUACAGCUAGAGAAUCAAACUUUCCAGUGUUUAGAAGUUGGUCAAGGAAGGGAUUUCAGAAACUAGAACGUCUAUCAAUUGUUGGCUGUCAAGAGCUCAUGCAUUUAUGGCCAAAUAAGAUUUGUUCAGAGAAUGCACCACAAAAGUUGAGAUGCUUCACCUCCCUUCAAGAGCUGCAUUUAAAAGAGCUCCCGAAUCUUGUUUCGUUUCCAGAUGGGUUACUUUCAAUCUUAAGCAGAGUUAUUAUCAGCCAAUGUGACGCCCUAACUUCCUUGCACGAGGGGUUGAAGCACAGCAAAGCACGUCUCAAGUACUUAGGUGUUUAUGGAUGUCCUUCUCUAACAUUCAUUGUGAGAGGUUGUCUACCUUCAUCUCUGAAACAUCUUUCUGUAGGUAGAUGUGAAAAUUUGGUGUGCAUUUGGGAGGGCAGAGAAGAUGUUUGUACUUCUUCUCCAUCUUCUUCUUAUACAUUGGUACACAGGGAUGACGUGGACACCACCACCACCACCACAUCUCUACUCUACAAAUUAAACAUACAGGAAUGCCAUUCUCUAACGCAUUUAUCGUCGACAGACCAGUUACCUUCAACACUUGCGGAGCUUUCUAUCUCAUGCUGUUCAAGUCUCGGAACCUUGGGACAGUUAUCUAAGGGACUUGUGUCCCUUUUUAUUAACAAGUGCCCAAAGCUAGAGUCACUAGCAGCAGGGAGUUUUGACUGUAACAUGCCUAUUGAGAUUCUUUCUAUCCAGCGAUGUGAAAACCUUAAAUCCAUUCCGGAGGGCUUACACACACUUUGCAAACUACGUCGUAUGAGUAUCCAUGAGUGCCCAAGUCUUGUUUCGUUCCCAAAAUAUGGGUUUCCUGACACUGAUUUAGAAGUACAUAUCUUUGGGUGUGAGAAACUACAAGCCCUACCUAGCCGCAUGCACGCCCUCAAAUCUAUUCGCCACCUAGCCUUAUACCUAUGUCCUAAUAUCGAAUCCUUUACAGCAGAAGAUUUUCCCUCCAACCUACAAUCACUUACGCUUCCUCUCAGUAUCUACAGGCCACUGAGUGAGUGUGGUUGGCACAAACUUACCUCUCUUAGAAGUCUUAGAAUUUGGGGAUUACCUGAUGCAAUAUCUUUUCCAGAGAAGAAGAUCUUAGAAAUAAAGUUUCCCAUCUCUCUAAAUCGUCUGAGCGUUCUUUGCUUCCUAGAAUUGAAAUAUCUAUCUUCCAAAACUUUCCAAGUUCUUACAUCUCUUCAAUUUUUGACUUUCAGCGAAUGCCCAAAUCUCACAUCCUUGCCAGACCUUCCACCCUCACUUUUGUCGCUACAUAUUUAUAAAUGUCCUUUAAUAGAAAAACAGUGCAAAAGGAAUGAAGGACAAGAAUGGUCCAAGAUAGUUCACAUCCCUUGCGUUAAGGUAGAUGGAAAAUUCAUCUACACUCUGGAAGAGGAAAUGAGCUGAAUCCGAUAUGAUUCAUUCCAUCAUUGUAAUCAAUUUAGGGAGAAACUGAAGAGUCUGACUCCUGGAUGCAAAAUGCCAACAUUGCAAUGGCAGUGGUAGUUUUUCUUCUACCUAGUAAUUCAUAGAGCUUAAUUUGGAGGUAGAAGGCAAUGAAUGAUACACUAUGUAGAUUACAGAGCUUUGGAGGUGUUGGUGUUCAAAUGUUGUAGUUUAGAUUGCUGGAGUGUUAUGGGAAUAUCAGUGAAGAUUCUGUUGAAGCCUUUCAAAG